UUCGCAUUCAGUUAUACCAGUGAGCUUGUCGCAUAGAAACUCAAAUAUAAAAUCAAAAUACGCGAACUUAAGAAAUAUAAAACCAAAUGUCGCGAAUAAAAUAUAUUGCAUUAAAGAAACAAAAUUGCCAUGAAAGCGAAAAUCAAAAUAGCAAUUUAUUAACAAUUGUGAAACAUAAACAAUUUACACGGUGCUUAGUGUUUUGCAUGUUUAUUGCAGCCUUUCAAUUGCUUUAUUUGCGUUUGUCUUUUAAUGAAGCCGAAUUUUACUACCAAACCACAUUUCAAAAUAUCCAAAACGAUGUUGACGAAGGUGUUAAUUAUAAGAUUACAUCACCCUCUACUUCCAUAGCAAAUGCUUCAGACGGUAAUCAAACGCAAACGAAAUUUUUCAUCUCUACCUCUCAAUGUAAAAUACCUUACGUGCAUCCUUUCGAAGAAGGAGUUAUUCAAAUAUUCAAUCCAAAAGAAUAUAAAUACACCAAUUGCACAAACGACGAAGCCUUCAUAACAAUUCAUUACCAAUUAAAUGCGCAACAGUAUUUCCUACACUUGAAUAUGCCAACCAUAGAACGAGCUGUUGGAUCGUUAAAUGUGAGCGCUUCGGAUAUCCGCUGUUGUUAUCGGCAAAUUAUACGAGCUGGAAGCGGUAGUUCGGCUGACACCAAAACGAAACUCUUAGAUUGCAUUAUGUUUGAUCAAGAUUACAUGGUGCCACCCCACAUAGAAUAUAUAAUCACAGAGUGUUACGCAGAUCACACACGGAAAAUACUUCUUCAGAAGGACGCUUUUUCUUUUAUUCAAGCACGAUUGAUGACUCCGUCGAGAAAUGUUACUAGUUUUGUAAAAAAUUCACCCAACCCUAACUCAACCAGUUUGGGUGUGAGAAAGCCCAGUGUAUUGCUGAUUGGCAUUGAUGCUGUUUCCCGUAUAAAUUUGCGGCGUACGAUGCCACAGACCUUCAGACAUCUUCAAGUGAAUCAGUGGAUCGAGUUGCAGGGAUAUAAUAAAGUCGGCGACAACACUUUUCCGAAUCUGAUAGCGUUGCUGACAUCAUAUAAUCUUACAAUGGCCAAGUCAAUAUGCGAACCAACAAAAGUGGGUGGACUUAAUAGGCCUAUUUGCAACUUUAUUUGGAAUACUUUCAAACAAUUCGGCUAUAAGACUGCCUACGCUGAGGAUGUUGUCUCUUUGAGUACAUUUAAUUAUCUGAAGAAAGGAUUUGAACAGCCACCGACAGAUUACUAUCUACGUCCCUUGGCAUUGGCCAUUGAAAAGAAUUUGAAAGUGGGAAAAGAUAGUGGCCUACCAUAUUGUAUUGGUCGUAAACAUUAUGGUGAAUAUAUAUAUAAUUUUGCACUCGAUUAUGCGAAUGCCUUCCCCGAGGAGCCACACUUCGGUUUGUUUUGGACAAAUUCUUUUAGUCAUAACGCCUUCUAUACAGAGGCCACAAUGGACGCGAAAUUGUUGGAAUAUCUGAAAAAACUAAAAGCCAAUGGUAUUUUGGAACGCUCGAUCGUAUUAUUUUUCUCAGAUCAUGGCAUGCGUUGGGGUCCACUGCUCAAAUUGAGAUCAGGGUUUUUAGAAGAGCGUCUGCCGAUGAUGUUCAUCUCAGUGCCGUCAUGGUAUCAAAGAGAACGUCCGGAUUUUAUGAAAGCUUUAGAAAUUAAUCAACGACGUUUGACCACACCCUAUGAUAUAUAUGCGACAAUGAAGCAUAUACUUGAAGACACGGAACCGGGAGCACAAGUGCCCUAUCUUAACGGCUCUACCCGCGGCCUUAGUAUUUUUCGUGAGAUACCGGAAAAUCGCACUUGCAGCGAUGCGAACAUACCCGAACAUUGGUGCACCUGUGUGCCAUAUGAGAUUGUACCCACAAAGGAUGCUACCGCCUUGAACGUAACCAAGAUGAUGAUUAAAGAGAUUAAUCAAUAUCUAAGUAGGAAAAACAUUACUGAUAAAUGUAGCGAAUUGAAUUUAAAAGAAAUUGGGGAUGUUAAAUUGAAAAUGCUUAGAACUUCAGACGAGUUCACUUAUAGAAUAACUUUUGAUGCGAAUCCGAAACAAGCAAGAUAUCAAGCGACUGUGGUAUAUAACAAAAGUUUAAAUGCCAUUGAUAUAGAUGUCGAAGAGAUAUCACGUCUGGACUCAUAUGCGGAAACGUCGAAAUGUAUAAACUUGAAGGAAGAGAAAAAAUACUGCAUUUGUAAGAAGUGAGGAGUUGGUCCGUGUAUGUAUACAUGUUAUGUACGUGUAUGCUUGUGCGAAUUUGCCAAAUAUUUACGGUGCAAGCAAUCAUGAGAUAAUUUUAGUUAGUUAAUUUCUUAGUUUUAUUUGUUCUAGUGAUUAAUAUUUAUUGCCAAAAAAAAAGGUACAAUGUAAUAUAUUUUAUUUUUAUCAUUUGGCGUAUUGGUCCGGAAUUUCAGUAGUU